UUAUCGCGUUCAACGGCUUAUCAAGAACGACGUAUUCUUUCAGGAUUUAUACUGCUCGGAAUUCUGCAGCUGUCCAAGCAGUUUUGUUAUAUAGUGAAGCCGUUGAACAUCAGUACCUGGGACACACCGAACUAUAAUUUGCUAUUAAAAAUGUAUCCGCGAAACAAUUCACUGUCAUCGAUCACAUCUGUGCACAAGGAUGUGGCAAUACCGCUGUGGCACAUAGUGCUCGUGCAGCAUCCGAGCAAGCGACGUGGUUCAUCGCGGGCGGAACCAUCGCGGACACUGUACAAUUCGACGGUGAAGACAUGCGAAUUUUGGAAAUAUAUGCGACGCGUCAGUGCCUGGUACAAUAUCUCCAAACUGAUGUUAUCGGGUUACGGCAGCAACAUGAGUCUUGCCUGUCCCCUCAAACGGGGCGUAUAUAUGAUGAACGUAAUCCAAGUGCCACCAGAUACAGCAAUACUAAAGUUUAUGUAUCAACCAAACAACGUGUACACUAUACACGGCACUGUCUACUCUCUUAAUCCAAAGGAUGGCGUCACCAAGCGGGCCAUUUGCUACUAUGAGGUGAAUAUCACCAUCUACAAGAACUGUUGACCAUGCAAUAUAUUUGCCGUGUGCAAUCAAAUUAUUUCGU